AUGGCUGAGCAGUUGCCCCCAGAGAUGGCCCAGGUGACGGCUGCAGAUGGUGCUGAAGCCCCUCCGCUCCGAGCCACCCGCCGUGGCUCCCAGCCCCCUCGGGGCACUGAGGAAGGCAAACCACCCCUCCUGCCUUCUCGCCGCAGCUCCAUCCUCAGCACCCUCCCAGCAGCCCUGGCCAGCCGCCGCAGCUCGCUUGGGGCAGCCCCGGGGGGCAGGCGCCCCUCCAUUGGCCCUUGGAUGUUACACAGCCGCGUCAGCUUCUCUGGGCUCCCCCUUUUCCAGCCCAUCCUCAAGACCCGCCUCGAAAACACUUACAGGAUGCGGCCAGACGAAGGGUGCAAGUUCGAUGCAGGGCGGGUGCAGAGGGUGCUGGAGGUGGCCCUGGAAGGUGCCCUGGUGACCACAGUCUACAGCCCCCAGGGCAGUGCCCCGCUAGCCCAGAGCCUGGCCGAGCUGCUGCGCAGCCGGGCAAAGGAGGUGGUGCCACCCCGCUACAAGCUGGUCUGCCAUGUGCUGCUGGGCCAACAGGGCCAGCAGAGCCUGCUGGUGGCCAGCCGGGCACUGUGGGACCCUGAGAGUGACAGCUUUGCCUGUGCCACCUUCUCCAACGCCUCCCUCUUUGCUGUGGCCACAGUGCACGGGGUCUACUUUGAGUAG